UUUUUUUUUCUCUCUUUUCCCUUUUGUCAACUUAAAACUUAAUACAUAAUAUACAUCAUGUACUGUAUGCGAUAUUUUGUCCCUUUAUUGUUACUACCCUUCCCUGAUGCACCACCUAUCUUUGUUAUUCUUUUUUUAAUAUCCUUCUUUCUUCAUCAAAAACCAUGUAUCUAUUGUACUUUAUUAUUGAUUGCCUUAUUUUCAUCAACAUGUUACUGGGGACAAGGACGUUGUUGGAUUGAUUUGCAACAAGCUCGAUUGUUUGAUGUAAGGCCUGAUUCCAAUGCUACUUUUGGACAAGGUGAAGGAUGGUGGAACUACAAGUUGACUUUACCCAUUGGCACCACUUAAAAAAAAAAGAGAUAUAUAUCUUUUUAUUUUAUUUUAUUCUUCUUCAUUUAUCACAUAUACAUUCAUAUAUGUCAUUUAUUGUUUAUGAUACCCUUUCUAACCCACUCCUUUUUUUUCAUAGUCUUACCCUCCUAUCAUAUACUUUUAUCUUCCGCCCCUGUCAUAUGAUAAUAAACUAACUUUGUUCUAUAUGAGUUUGAC